UUGUUUUUAUGACGAUUGACGAUUGACGUUGUGGAAUUACUGCUACUCAUUUUUCUUCUUCACACGUAUCACGUUUUAAAUUUUGCUUUCCAAAAAUGUCUAUGGAGACCGUGCCAAAAAGCCUCAGAGGUCUGAGAGCAUGCAUGGGGUGUUCGUUGAUAAAGACUGUGGAUCAAUUCGAGUUAGAUGGAUGUGAAAAUUGUCCUCAUUUAAAAAUGAAGAACGAUCGGGACGCCGUUCAGGAGUGUACGAGCACCAAUUUUGAUGGAAUGGUAGCAGCCAUGUGUCCAGAAGACAGUUGGGUUUGCAAAUGGCAAAGAAUUAAUCGUUUUUGUAAAGGCGUUUACGCCCUUUCAGUCUCAGGAAGAUUGCGUCCAAAUUAUAUAAAAGACAUGAAGAGCAGAGGCAUUCCUUACAAACCACGUGACACCAGUCAGCGAUAAACUCUAUCUAAUUAAAAUUCAGAAUUUCGAAAGUAUAUUUAAAUAAAAGCUAACUUUAAUUAUUAUAACGUAA